GUCAUCAACGUGCGCAAAAACCACGUUGGCUUGUAGGCAGAUAGUUCUGCGUGCGAUAUUUCCAACUUUUAUUUCUAUAGAAUAGUGAAUCUUCGAUUUUACCUUUUUUUUGUGUGAAUUAUGAGUUCUCAAAUCACUUGUGUCGGAUGGGUGAAGCGAGGUGCUGCCAAGGAAACACCGGACAAAGUUGAGUUGACCCAGGAGGAGCUCCAACGCAUCCUCAAUGAGGCAAAAGAUGAGCUGGGGGAACAAGCACAAGAUGAAGAAGAGGAGGAUGACGGCAUUGUAGCAGACAACGAUGCUGGGGAUGUUGCUGUGGAGGUUGUUGAAGUGGAAAAUAAAGAAAAGGAUGAUGAGGACGAUGACCUUGUAGAAUACGGCUUAGAUACCUAUGAUGAAGAAAAUAUAGCAAGGGCCAACGUCGGGGACAGUCUGGCAGGUCUCGCCGUGUUCGCCUCUAAUGAAGAAGACCCGUACAUCACAAUCAAAGACACUGAACAAUACGAGCGAGACGACUUCCAAAUCAAGCCCAACGACAACCUCAUUCUGGCUGGCAAGGCUGACAAGGACUGCUGCAACCUGGAAAUCUACGUGUACAAUGCCGAGGAGGAAUCUCUGUACGUGCACCAUGACAUCCUGCUGCCAGCAUAUCCACUAAGCAUCGAGUGGCUAAGCUUUGAUCCAAACCCUGAGGAAUCCCGAUCCAACUACGCCGCGGUGGGCAAUAUGACAUCACAGAUCGAUAUUUGGGACCUGGACGUGGUGGACUGCCUGGAGCCUGUUUUCUCACUGGGCAGCAAAAAUGUGAAAAAAAAGAAGAAAAAGACCAAGAGGGGUGCGUUGACGGAUUCUCAGGAUGGACACACUGAUGCGGUGUUGGAUUUGUCUUGGAACAAACUGGUCAGGAAUGUCUUGGCCAGCGGCUCAGCAGAUGCGACCGUCAUCUUGUGGGAUUUAGCUCGCGGGAAACCCGCCACUACACUGUGCAGACAUAGCGAUGAAGUUCAGACGUUGGCUUUCCACCCGUUUGAGGCGCAGACUCUCCUGUCGGGAUCCUACGACAAGACUGCUCUCCUGAGCGACUGCCGCAGCCCAGACGGCUACCGCACGUGGCGGUUCAGCGGUCAGGUGGAGCGCUUGGUUUGGAACCACUUUUCACCGUUUAACUUCCUGGCCAGCACGGAGGACGGCUUUGUGUACUGCCUGGACGCCCGUUCCAAUAAGCCGGUUUUCACGCUGAAGGCGCACGACGCAGAAGUGUCAGGUUUGGACCUGAGUAGCCAGAUUAAAGGCUGCAUGGUGACAGCGUCGGCAGACAAAUACGUCAAGAUCUGGGACAUUUUGGGCGACAAACCCAAUCUGGUGCAUUCGAGGGACAUGAAAAUGGGCGUGAUGUUCUGCGCGUCGUGUUGUCCCGAUCGACCCUUCACUUACGCUUUCGGGGGACAGAAAGACGGCUUGCGGGUUUGGGAUAUCACCGAUGUCACAGAUGUGGCGACAGUGUUCGGCAAUCGGGAGCGCUUGGUGGUGAACAAUGAAUCUGAAACAUCCGGUGCUGCAGCCAUGGGAGUGAUGGACACCUCGUAGUGGGACAACACCUAUCCUGAUAUGACAUACUGGUUAAAAAAAAUGUAUAAACAGUUUUGGAAUAUGCUAAUAUAAUAUGAUUUGUUGGUAUUUCAUUCCUAACAUAAAAGUCCCAUGAAAUACUAUAA